AAGUGGGUGAGGACGGGGAUUCGUCCAUGACCUCCAACGGCCGUUAUAGGAGCCGCGCAUCUGCCUGCCCUUGUAUUCCACUCCACGGUCCACCCCCUGAUGGCCGCCUCCACCUUCCAUCUCUUGCUUCAACUCUCAUCCCUCCUAACUCUCCUCUUUCUUCAAAACGUCCACACGGCCACCACCUCAUGCUGCACCUCUAUCUUUAGCUUCGGCGACUCCCUUGCCGACACCGGCAACUUUCUCUACUCCUCCAGAGACAACCCCAGAGCCAUCGCCCGGCUUCCAUACGGCGAGACUUACUUCCAUCGCCCCACCGGCCGGUACACCGAUGGGCGACUCAUCAUCGAUUUCAUUGCACAAGACAUCGGAAUCCCGCUCGUGCCACCGUAUCUAGAAGGGCCUGGCGAUCAUGGAUUCCGGCAAGGGGUUAACUUUGCGGUGGCAGGGGCGACGGCACUCGACAACGACUUCUUUAGGGAGAAGGGACUCGAUAUUAGUUGGACCGAGUACUCAUUGGGCACUCAAAUUGAGUGGUUCAAGCAACUGCUGCCUUCCCUCUGCUCCUCGAGUUCGGACUGCAAAGGCAUCUUAAGCAGCUCGCUUUUCCUCAUGGGGGAAAUAGGAGGCAACGACUACAAUCAUCCAUUCUUCCAAGGAAGAACCGUGGAUGAGAUACGGACCUUUGUUCCCAGCGUCAUCUCUGCCAUUAGCUCAGCUAUCAAUGUUUUGAUCCAACUUGGGGCAAAGACAAUGGUUGUACCUGGUAAUUUCCCAAUCGGAUGCGUCUCCCGGUAUCUUCAAACCUUCCAAAGCCAAAGGAAAGAAGACUAUGACUCGGAAACGGGUUGCAUCAAGUGGCUGAAUGAGUUCGCGGAAUACCACAAUCGACUACUUGUAGAUGAGCUGGAUCACCUUCGGCAACUUCACCCGCAUGUCACCAUCAUCUAUGCUGACUAUUACGAAGCCUUGCUCCACAUUUUCCGUUUUCCAACACAAUUUGGGAUGAUGGGUGUGCCUGUAGGAUUUAAAGAGCCACCUCUGGCGGCAUGCUGUGGAGCCGGGGGUCCCUAUAAUGUCUUUGUGGCGUGCGGAGAUCGAGCGGCCACGGUUUGCAAUGAUCCAUCAAAAUACGUGUGCUGGGACGGAAUACACCUAACGGAGGCAGCUUACGGGACGAUUGCGCAAGGCCUAUUGGAAGGAUCAUACGCCACUCCUCCCAUUACCCAAGCAUGCGCACACAUAAGGCAGAGUGCCGCUCACAGCCUGCAUCCAAUGCAGUGAAUAAACCAAUAAUGUCUUCUACUAAUGCGGAACGGGGGAAAAAUAAGAAUGCAAUAAAAAAAAAAAAAAAAAAAAA